CGAUGGAGUUCGAAAAAUGACGUAUCUUACGAUACCAUGUGUACUUUUGUUGACGCUGAUACAGUGCAUUUUGUCGACCAAUUAUGACGCCUACAUUGACCGUCUAGCGACCGAAAGCGAAGCACUACGCAGGGAAUUUGUACGUUCCAAUCCCCGUGGCCAGUAUGUACUGGAAAAACUUCGAUCACCAGGGUACCGGAGUCGUCAUCCGAUACUAAGUGAGACAUCAGAUGAUAUGUAUGGCAUUUCGCUGGACGACUGGCGAGCUUUUCUACAAGAGUUGCGCCAUGCAAAAGCUGAAGCUGCUCGACCUCUCGAAGAGGAUGAGAAGAUUUCCGAACCACAGCUGCGCUGGUACGGGCCUGAACACUAUGGUGAGGAGGGGAUAACUCUGAAUGAACGUGAGCCUGCCUCACGUCGAAACGAAGUGGCCUAUCAGAAUCAUCUAUGGGGUGAACAAAAAGUUUCUGGUGGAUCUGGAGAAAUUGGUCAGUGGUUGGAUUUUGCCUUGUUGGGAGCCCAGCUGCAAGACGAGGAUGAGGAAGACGAGAACAACUCAUCAAUGUUCCCGAUUGAUUUCAUUAAAGACCCCACUCGAUUUAUGGAAACAAAGAACAGCAGUCUGCCAGCCUACUGUGAUCCACCCAACCCGUGUCCAAUCGGCUACGAUCCGGAGAAUUUGUCCACGCCUUGUGAUCCGCACGUUGUUUAUAGUAUGGACUUCAACCGAGACUGGAUUCUGACUAAACAAGCAAACGGAGAGUGUGAGUGUGAUACAGAGCAUAUGUACGUGUGUCCUUCAGUACCUCGGGGAAACAGACGUUAUCUGGGAGAAUUCCAUCUAGCGGACAAAGAACCACAGAUUCACAAGGACAACCCGUAUUUGCAUGGUCUAAAGAGAAAGCGUCUCGUGGCAAAGAAGGCAUUCUCAGCAAAGGACUCAAAUCGUCACUACUAUUGGCAAGGACAGGUGACCAAACGCGUGGUGAAGAAAGCAGGAAAACAAAUGGCGUGAAAUCGUUCGCAUCAGCGUUGUGUUGUCCUGUCAGUUGUUCGAAAGUCAUAUCAUUCACACAGAUCACCGACGUUGUUUGUCCACUUUAGCACAGUGAACUUUGUCUCGAACCUUGCUGUUGUUAUUUUGAUCACCGUUAUCAGGCAAAGUUCCAAAAAUAUUUAUGCAUCCCAACGAUGAGGGGAAUGCAAUAUAUGACAAAAACAAGAGCAAUUAUC